GAUUGAACCUGUGUUGAUUUAAUCAGACAUAGCGUGUUAGCCAGUUAGGUACGGGGGGUAUAUAAAAACCGGAUAGCUUGACACCUUCCUACAUAACCAGACAUGGUCUAAAAGCUUCACACUGGUGCAGUUAUUUACCAUCGCCAGUUGAUUUUUUGUUUGUUUGUUUGUUUUUCGCUUUUGACAUUCUCAACGUUUGUUCUGAAACUUUUUGGGCAGAGUGCAAAAUGAGUGGCGAGGCGACGGGUGCGCCGCUUGGACCAGACCCGCGCAAGGCGGAUUCCACGGGACUUACGAAGGAAAACGGACAAAAUGUCACAAGCGCUGCCGCCAACCCGAAAACGGCAGUCCAAGCCCCGACGGACCUCGGCGACGAGCCGGACUCAUCCCUUACCGAUGCCACGCGGAUGUGGAUAAAAUUUGCCAAGACGUUCGCCUUCCUUUUCCCCAUCUACGUGCUGGGAUAUUUCGAGUUCAGCUUCAGUUGGAUUUUAAUCGGGCUCGCGGCGUUUUUCUGGUGGAAAAGAAACAGAGGGGGUAAAGAGGACAGGAUAACCAGAGCGUUUGCAUUUUUGGACGAAGAAGAGAGGACCACGAGCCAAAGUGUAACCACUUCUGAUCUUCCCCCAUGGGUGCACUUCCCAGAUGUGGAGAGGGUGGAAUGGCUAAACAAGACGGUGAAGCAGAUGUGGCCCUACAUCUGCCAGUUUGUGGAGAAGCUGUUCCGGGACACCAUCGAGCCGGCAGUGAAGGGGGCCAACCCCCACCUGAGCACCUUCUGCUUCAGCAAGAUCGACAUGGGGGACAAGCCCCUGAGGGUGAACGGGGUGAAAGUCUACACUGAGAACGUGGACAAGCGCCAGAUCGUAAUGGAUCUGCAGAUCAGCUUUGUUGGGAAUACCGAAAUUGAUUGCGACAUCAAGAGAUACUACUGCAGAGCUGGGAUAAAGAGCAUCCAGCUUCACGGAGUGCUGAGAGUGAUCAUGGACCCCCUGCUUGGAGACAUGCCUCUGAUUGGAGCCGUCUCCGUCUUCUUCCUGAAGAAGCCUCUGCUGGACAUUAACUGGACCGGGCUCACCAACAUGCUGGACAUUCCUGGGUUAAAUGGCCUGUGUGACAACCUGAUCCAGGACAUCAUCUACGGCUACCUGGUUCUGCCCAACCGGAUCACCAUCCCCCUCGUGGGCGAAGCCAGGAUGGCUCAGCUGCGCUUCCCCAUGCCAAAGGGGAUCCUUAGGGUCCACUUCCUGGAGGCCCAGGCCCUGGAGGGGAAGGACAAGUUCCUGGGCGGGAUGAUCAAGGGGAAGUCGGACCCCUACGGCGUCCUCCAGAUCGGCAACCAGCUGUUCCAGACCAAGACCAUCAAGGACAACCUCAAUCCCAAGUGGAACGAGGUGUACGAGGCCAUGGUGUACGAACACUCCGGCCAGCACCUGGAAGUCGAGCUGUUUGACGAGGACCCCGACAAAGACGACUUUCUGGGGAGCUUAAUGAUUGACUUGAGCGAGCUUCACAAGGAACAGAAAGUUGAUGAGUGGUUCGUCCUGGAGGAGGUUACCACCGGCAAACUGCACCUGAAACUGGAGUGGCUGUCUCUGCACGCCACGCCCGAGAAGCUCGAACAGGCCUUGAUGAGCAUUAAGGCUGCAAAAGGCCAGGCAAACGACGGCCUGUCCUCGGCGGUGCUGGUCGUGUACCUGGACUCCGCCCGAAACCUGCCGAGCGUCUUCGAGGGGAACUUGGGGUGCGGACACUUAAAAGAGAGGAGAGCCUCAGGCCUAGUCUUUUGUGAGAACACUACCUCACUCUAUAGAUCGUUAUUUCGAAACCCAUUAGAAUUUAACCAUGAGGGGCUGAAGAAAAGCUCCUUGAAUAAGGCGCUGAAGUCGGGGAAGAAGGUGAGCAGCGACCCGAGUCCCUUCGUGCAGUUCACCGUCGGACACAAAGUCUUCCAGAGCAAGACCCGGUAUAAGACCAACGAACCGGUCUGGGAGGAGGCCUUCACCUUCCUCAUCCACAACCCGCAGGGCCAGGAGCUGGAGGUGGAGGUGAAAGAUGAGAAGCACGAGUGCUCUUUGGGGACGCUGGUGGUGCCCCUGUCCCGUCUGCUGGAGGAGGAGGACAUGACCGUCACCCAGCGCUUCCCCCUCAGAAACUCCGCCCCCAGCUGCACCCUCAAGCUGAAGAUGGCUCUCAGGGUGCUGUGCCUGGAGAAGGUGGGCCAAUCAGACCAGCCCUCCUCGGUGCAGGUGAAGAAGGCCAACGCGAGCCCCGGUAACCCCGGCAACGCUGGAGGAGCCACGCCCAAACCGUCCCCCUCAGGUGCGCGGGACCCCGCCCUGGACCCGCUCCCGUCCUCCGCCUACGGCCUCGUCCAGGCCGGGGAGGGGCCGGAGGGGCCGCACCCGGGGAGCCCCGUCCCAUUGGCCGAGUCCAGCUUCAGCGCGUCCAAUCGGGCGCUGUCGGGCUCCCAGCGGCACCUGGCGCACAAGGAGUCCACCCACUCGCUCGCCUCCGACAUCUCCAACCCCCUCGCCACCCAGGAGCUGCAGCAGAGGCUGCACCAGCUGCAAAAUGGGACGGGCUUCAGCCAUUUCCCCCUGGGGGAGGUGCAGCUCACCAUAAGGCACAGCUCCCAGAGGAACAAGCUCAUUGUGGUGGUGCAUGGCUGCCGGAACCUGAUCUCCUUCACGGACAGCGGGUCGGACCCCUACGUGCGCCUCUAUCUCCUGCCAGACAAGCGCAGGUCAGGCCGCCGGAAAACCCACACGCUGAAGAAGAACCUGAACCCCGUCUACGACCAGACGUUCGAGUUCAGCGUGUCGAUUGUUGAGCUGCACAGACGGACGCUGGACGUGGCGGUAAAGAAUGGCGGCGGCCUGCUGUCCAAACACAAGGGGCUUCUGGGAAAGGUGCUGGUGGAUUUGGCGUAUGAAGAUAUUUCCAAGGGCUGGACGCAGUGGUAUGAGCUCACAGAGGACGGGCUGAGGAGAACCAUGGAGGGUUAAGGGACACGGCAGGACGCAACAGUGCCACCUGCUGCUCGGUCCUGUCAUUGCUGCAGAUGUAACCAGCUUUAUUUUUUUUAAGAGUGUUACAUUUUAGUCAAUGGGCACAGCAUAUUUUUGUGUUGUUUCUGUUUUUUAGAUGACACGUACAGCGUGCAAUUGUAAAUUGCUUUUUUGGUAUUAUUCCGUCGUGAGCAUCGCUUUCAAAAAGGUAUUACCCCCCCCCCCCCGCCCCGCGUCGCUCCGACCUCCCUCCUCCAAAAUCGGCUGCACUUCACCGCCCGUGAUAAAGGGGUGAAAAUGUGGUAGCACCGCAGUGAUCAGAACCUCCUUCAAAGUGUGCGCGCGCGCGCGUUGCAUAGAAACGCCAAAAUUACAACACAUUUAAGUGCCAUCAGAAUUUUACCCGGUGAAGGUCUGCCAACUCACUUCAGCCAAGGAGCUGAAGGAAGGCUUCAUAGGAGGCGUUUAAGACGGUGUUACACAUUUACAGUGCAAACUUGCGGAGGGCUGAGUUAAAGCUGCUUGCAUAAUGCAUAACGGAGCGCCACCCUGUUUUAUUAUAUUAUUAUUAUUAUUUUGAUGUAGGGGAUGUACAAUUUGUAAAUACGUUACUGUACCGCGAAGAAGACAAGAUAGAGGAGGAGCGUCAGUGUUCGGAAAGGGGAGUCGAAUCGCUUAAAAGGUCAAAAGGACCAUUUCGUUAAAACAAAAACAAAAAAAUAAAACACAAUAAAAACAUUUGAUACUUUUUUUUUAGUCUGAAUCUACUCAGAAUCCAGUCCAACGAGAUGGAAGUUUCUUUACCAUUAGCAGCAGAACACUAGCCACCAAAGAGACAAGUAUUUCAUUUUAUUGCCUAUGUGGGUUUUAAGCCAAAUUAUAUGUAUGUAUGUUUGCACAUUAUUCUUUAUGUUUUAAAUAUAUAUAAAUAUUAAUCAUCAAAUGGUAUUCGUUUUCUGUGGACUUCAUUGUACAGUAAUGACUGAGCCGUUAUUGUUGGUCUGGCAGCUUCACUGCGGUUUUCAGUUGAUCUACGAAUGUCUGUCCUUCUCACCUUAAAAGGGGCACUUCACCCAUAUUCGGUUUGUAUUUUGUUGAUCCCUUCACAGUUGGAAUGUUUAAAACUAUCUCUUUUUUUCCUCUUAAGUUUUAUGGCUGUCUAGAUAUUUCACAUUGCACGUCCAGCAUCCGAAAUACGGCUACGGCUAACCGGUUUGUCCCAGUGACGUUGAGAGUGCGCGUGGCUCCCAUGGUGACACGACACAACAGCGUCAUUCCAACGGAUUUUUCCCGAGUGGAGGCGGCUCUGUAGAAAAUUGUCGUGUUGUACAUGUUUUCCUUUUCACCUCGUUAUCGGUGGACAGAUAUCAGUCUUCUGCAAACAUUCGAUUUUGGGGUAAAGUUCUCCCUCUUAACAGACCAACAAGCGACCUUUUCUCCGAACUCGCCUGUAGUUGUCUCAUCACAACAUUUGUCUGAACGAUAGAUUAAAAUACGAGCACACCUUGUUUAAAGCACGCAUGUGUCUGCUGUUCCCCAGUGCGGUGGUGCAUUGCAUGCAUUCGCCGCCUUGGCUCCAAGGCAUUGCAUCUCGGGGUUUGCAUUCUUUAUGAGUGACUCGCGCGUGGCUGGAACUUCCGCCGAACGCAGGAGGAUGUGACGAUUACUGAAGCGACCGAGAAACGGACUGGAUUUUGUUGCCGAAAUGGAGAAUCCGCAGCAGAAGUUGGAGAAAAGAUUGUUUUUGUUAUGCUCCACGGUGGGUCCGUGGGUGGGUCAAAGCGUAUCAGUUUAUCACCUGUCGUUACAUUCUUUGUUACCUAUGUAAGCCAUCAAAAUGAAAACUGUCUCGUAAUGAGUAGGCCUACUUUUCCUCUUUCCAUUGCAAACCUCUUGCCUUCUCCAUGUACUUUAUUUAACUCGUGCCUUAAAACAAUCAUUAUAAUGAAAUAUACAAAUGUAUACCUGUAAAAGAAGCUUUUAAGAGUUUUCAUGUUUCAGAAUGUCUCGGCUUUCAGUUAAUAAAGAGCAGUCGCUGUAUCCACAGUGACUGGCUUUGUACGCAA